GACAAAGCUUAUAUACGAUCAUAAAGUGAAAAAUUGCGAACCGAUAUAAUUGAUCAGUGCGCAUGCGUGGAGUCGGCAAUGAAAAUUACAGAAAUAUAUUUACCCAAAAACCAGCUGAUAUAAAACAUUAAAUCCAAAUGAGUUUUUAAUUUGUGAUGAUUUGAGCUGCAAAUCAAAAAACAAACUAACUCGAUUCUUGUACAAUAGUCAACGAGUGGCAACCGUAUAAUGGUUUAUCCUGAAGAACCUUUUUGGGCAUUGCCAAUGGUAUCCGGAUUAUAUGAAGAUAGAGAUUAUAGGGUUAAUGUCGUCGAAGCACUGCAGGAGUUCUGGCAAAUGAAACAGACACGAGGUGUCGAGCUCAAGAAUGGAGCUCUGGUAAUUUACGAAUCUAUUCCAUCAAACAGCCAGCCUUAUGUAUGUUUCGUUACAUUGCCCGGAGGCAGCUGCUUUGGAAGCUUCCAAAAUUGUCCGACUAAGGCGGAAGCCAGAAGAAGCUCAGCUAAAAUUGCUCUGAUGAACUCUGUUUUCAAUGAGCAUCCGUCUCGUCGAAUAAGCGAUGAGUUUAUUGAAAAGGCCGUUCAGGAUGCCCGCGCUUCCUUUAAGGGAACACCCCAAAGCAAUGAAUUACCAGAAUCUGGAAUCGGUGCAUUCAGAUUCAUGCUGGAAGCAAAUAAGGGACGAACAAUGUUGGAAUUUCAAGAAUUGAUGACCGUUUUUCAGCUCCUACAUUGGAAUGGAUCAUUGAAGGCAAUGCGCGAGCGUCAGUGCUCCAGGCAGGAGGUGGUGGCCCAUUAUUCUAACCGAAGUCUGGAUGAUGAGAUGCGUGCCCAAAUGGCAUUGGACUGGAUAGCGCGUGAGCAGGAGAAUCCGGGAGUACUUAGAAGAGAGUUGGUUUUGGCCGAACGCGAGCUGGAGACGGCACGCAUGGCUGGCCGAGAAUUACGUUUCCCCAAGGAGAAAAAGGACAUAUUAAUGAUAGCACACAAUCAAUUGGGUGGCAGCAACUUGGGUGCCACAUCCAUUGAAAACUGAACACUUGAACUGUGGAUAUAUAACCAUCACAGCCUGUUCUAAGUCUUGACAUAAUUAUCAAGUAAUCAUCAAAAACUAACCGACGACCUUAAGCGUUCAGAUAUAACCGGCAUUACACUAACAAAUCUUACAGUUUAUUUUAUUGGCAUACCAUAUGAUCUCGAGUUCUGUUAAAUCCGUUAAAGCUCAUUUUAAAAAAAAAAUCAGGAAAAUCACCAACGAUGUGUCAAAGAAAGAAUAAUCAACAGUUGCUGAAUACCCGACAAAGUUAACAUAAUAUAAAAGACAAGAGAUAAAAUAUGAAAACCGACAAACUGGAAAACAGAAAAAAAUUCGUUUAAACACUGACAAGUGCAAAAUACUUUCGGAAUGAAAAUUGUGAUUAUAAAUACUGCAUUUACGGAAUUAUUUUGAGACUAAACUUUAAUAGAAUAGUAAAAUUUUUAUACUCCUAACUCAAAUCUGCGUAUCGAAUGUGUCUAUACGCAUGUGUAUUUAUGUCAAUCAUUGUCUCCGCGCCAAGCGCACCUCAUCGAAGGCAAAUGCGAUUUAGAUAAAUUUUUUUAAAUAACUUCAUCAAUCUUAAUAAAUUGUAUUAAUUUGGCAAGCAACUUUUUAUUUAUCGAUAUUGUUUGAAAUCUUUGAAUUAUCUUAAUUGUGUGCAAGAAUUAAUAAUAUUAGACAAAUAUCAAAUACAUUAUGGCAAAUAAAUUUAACUAAUCUA